AUGCCCCACCUCAUCUACUUCUGGGUUAGUCUGGUAGCACUCUGUGUUGCGCCGUUCUUAUUCAAUCCACACCAGUUUGCAUUCUCCGACUUCAUCAUUGACUACCGUGAAUUCCUACGCUGGAUGGGUCGUGGCAACAGUCGCAGUCAUGCUAACUCUUGGAUCGGGUACUGCCGGCUUAGCCGCACCCGUAUCACAGGUUACAAAAAGAAGCGUUUGGGUCAUCCUAGUGAAAAGCUAGUUGCUGAUCUUCCGCGUGCAAGCUUGAGGACCAUUAUUUUUCAUGAAAUCUUGGCUCCCAUCAUGUUGGCCGUCAUUUUUGCCGUGGCAUAUGCCUAUGUGAAGAGUUUCCCUGCUCCGGGACUCACAUUUGAAGAUGAUCAAUUCCAGGGUGGUAUUUCUCGUCUUGCUAUCAUUGUCUUGGUGCCAAUUGCAUGGAAUGCUGUGGUUCUCUUGACACUCUUCUUUGUUUCUCUUUUCUUCGGUCCAUCGCUACACAACUGCUGUGCGAAGUUUGGCAGUGUGAUAGCUGGUGUUGCACACGCUCUGGCUGUUGCCGGUCUGAUUGCCACGCUAGAGUUCUUCUGGUAUAUUGAAUACUGGAACACGGCUAAUACGGUACUUGGGAUCAUUGCGAUGAUUGCUAUCCAGCGAGCCAUUUUCAAGGUCCUUACGUCUGUUGUCAUUUCACGUGAAUUCAAGCAUGAUGAGACAAACCGUGCAUGGUGGACGGGUCGUUGGUAUGGGCGUGGUCUUGGUGGUCAUGCGUUUAGCCAACCGUUGCGAGAAUUUAUCGUGAAGAUUAUUGAGAUGAGCAUGUUUACGGCCGACUUCAUUACAGCCCAUUUGCUGAUGUUCGCUCUUUCUAUUCCUCUUGUUGUGCCGUUCAUUGACAUGAUUCACUCAAUUUCUCUGUUUUGGCUCCGCCCAUCGAAGCAGAUCCAUGCACCUAUCUAUUCCCUUCGCCAGCGUGCACAGCGUCGCUCGAUUGUUCUUCGAUAUUCGAUGGUGUUCUUGUUCGCUUGGAUUGUAUUCCUUGCUUUGAUCCUCGUGCCUGUCAUUGUUCAGGCAACAGCUUACAGCAAUGGGGACAAGAAGGAUUUGUGCCACUUCUGUCGCACGUUGUAA